CGCGACAGGAUGUGUUGACGUUCGUCCACGGAGAUAAGUUCAUUUCAGUUUUUGAUCUGCGGAUAGCUUGCAGCUUGCAAAAUUCUCUGCCUGGAUUCUGAGUGGAUUCUAAGCUGUGCAAAUGGCUGCUGUUGAUGAUUUGCAAUUUCAGGAAUUUGACGAUGCAGAAAACCUGCUGGCUGCCAACAGGGAUGCCGUUACUGUGAGUAUUGGGGAUCCGAGCAGUAACCCCCAGAAACAGAGGAGAGUCACAGGGGCCACACAGCGGGGGGAGGACGAUGACCUGCUGGGGAACGAUGACUCGGACAAAACAGAGCUGCUUGCAGGUCAGAAGAAAAGCGCUCCGUUUUGGACAUUUGAAUAUUACCAAACAUUCUUCGAUGUAGAAACACACCAGGUACUGGAUAGAAUUAAAGGGUCAAUUUUACCGUGGCCCGGUAAGAACUUUGUCCGUCUCUACAUCCGCAGUAACCCAGACCUUUAUGGACCCUUCUGGAUUUGUGCCACUCUGGUGUUUGCCAUUGCCAUAAGUGGAAAUAUUUCUAGCUUCCUUGUGCACCUUGGCCUACCUCAAUACCACUACGUGCCUGAGUUCCGGAAAGUGACUAUCGCUGCCACAGCCAUCUACAGCUAUGCCUGGCUUGUUCCUCUCGCGCUCUGGGGUUUCCUGACAUGGCGAAACAGCAAAGUCAUGAGCAUCGUGUCUUACUCCUUUCUGGAGAUCGUCUGUGUCUAUGGCUACUCCCUCUUCAUAUACAUCCCCGCUGCGGUCCUGUGGAUCAUUCCCAGUGAGCCAGUGAGGUGGCUCUCCAUCGUGGUCGCCAUGUGUCUCUCUGGGUCUGUUCUGGUGAUGACGUUUUGGCCAGCUGUCCGAGACGAUCAUCACAGGAUUGCCCUGGCAACCAUCUCAGCUAUUGCGGCCCUCCACGUCCUGCUUGCUGUUGGCUGCAAGGAGUAUUUCUUUGACUCGCGAGAAGCCGAGCAUCCCCCUGGUCCAGUGGAUUCCGUGGCAGCAGACAAGAUGUCGCCAACCAUGAAGACAAACUAAAUGCAAACAGCUCUCCGAGGUUCUCCUGUUGCCUUAUUACAAAGAAUCGAGUUGCAGUAGAGGUGAAGUCACUGGACGUCUGGAUUUCACCGCUGCACGGUCUAUAUAGUGUGCUCUUUGAUCUGAGCACGUACAAGGCUCUGCUUUGUCACUACGCCAAAGGAGCACUUGUAACUUGUAUGUUAUUUCUAUUAGCAUUGAUUUUAAAUUGCCUUAAAGACAUAUAGAGGGGUAUAUUGUUACAUAGUAGGCUCUCUUACACUUGGUGUGUCUGUAACAGUAAAUAGUUGGGUGUUUAAAUAUUUAUUUGCUCAAUGAAAUCGAUAUGGCUAUAAAAAUGUUUACUAAAAAAAAAUCUGAAGACAGAUUUUUUUUCCAUUUGAUUCCUUUUUUAUGUAACAUUUGACUGUAAUCUUUUCAGGUUUAAUGACUUUGGUCACUUCCGUUUAUCUGAAUCCAUAUGCUUGUAGUCAUUUCCUGUUACUUCUCGAGCAUUAAUCUGGGAUUGAGAAUGUGUAGCUGUGUGAUGCUGUAGUGUGUCUGAGUGUGUGAAAGGGGCAUUGGAAGGCAGGUGCUACAUUUUGACUUUUACUGUCUAUUUUUUUAACCAAAAAUCAUGAUGGUUGCCAUGCCAGAGGAAGGAUGGCUGGGCGGGUACCUACCCUAAUGCCAAAUGUUCAGACGAUUAUCCACUAUGAAUACACUGUCAAGAAACAUUUUCCC